UCGACCAUCAACAUCGUACGACAUUGAGAGGGGUAGAUCGACAUCGCCUUCGUGCGGUAAAGCUGAGAAGCAACGCUCCUCGUCACAAGAACCGCAUUUGCAGAAGCAGAUUGAAGAGCUCGGCAAAAGCCUGGCAUCAAUGACUAAGUUUGUGCAAAAGGAGAUAGUACGGAAGGCUGAAGAGGAAAGGGUCAAAAAGGAAGCUGAAGAAGCGGAACAGCGUGAGGCAACUGAGAAAGCAGCAAGGGAAAAAAAGGAGCGAAAGAGGUUGGAGAGGUUAAGACAAGAGGAAUUGUGUGCGGCAGAAAUUGACAAGCGGGUGGAAUUGCAAGUUGCCAUCAAAGCUGGAGAGUUCUUUGACAAGAUGGAAGCCAACUACGGAAGACGAACCUUACCUGAAAAGAAAGUCAAAGGUAAGAAGCGAACUGACUGCAUAUCCGACCAGAAAUCAAGCUUAGACAAUGGUAGCAGCGAUAGCGAAACGGAGGAGAUUCGAGUGAAGACAAGGAAACUGGUAAUCAGUGAGAAGAGGAAGCGGGGUGCGGAACAACCAGUGGAAGGAAGCCCGUCGAUGAUGACUCCUGCGAAGCGGACCCCGAAAACUACGAGAGAUAAAGUUGCAGGUCGCUCUAUCAGGGCGGCACGUUCUAAAUCGAAGUUGAAGACUAAGCUGUCACCAUACUUGACACGGAAGAGAAGUCCGGCAACACCAAGUACUACUGUGAAGCUGCGCUUCAAGAACCAGGCUAUGGAAGAGCUCCAGGGCCUGGAUGCCCUGGAACUGCAAGCGAUCUGUAAGAACGAAGGGAUUGCCUACAACGGUAAGGUGGACGCAAUAUUUGACAUUGCUAGCCACCGAACCCGUAAGGCCUUCGAUAAGGAGGAAGAACUAAUUGAGCCGGCCGAGGUGACUGAGCAAGGCGAGGAGGAUCUGACAACAGCUGAGGAAGGAGUAGAAGCAUGAAGAAGCGAUGACCUAUGGCGUAUGGUCAGAUGGCUGACAAGUUACCGAUGUAGUCUGUCGAGUAUAGACACGAAAGCUGAGGAAC